AUGUCACGGCCAUUACUCUCGUCAACCGCUGCUCGACGGUUCUCCCAAGCCCCGCAAACCCGCCUGUUCUCAACCUCCCGCCCGGCGCAGCGCUUGUCUGCAUUCCCCGACGGCAAACUCACGGCUUGCCGGCAAUUCAUUCACAUUCAACAAAGCGCCCCACGCUGUUUGUCAAGACACUCGACUCCUCGGUCUUCUUUCCUCCGUCCGCAACAUGCCUCCUUCUCCUCCUCGACUGUCCGACCCGCUACGAAAGUCACCCAGAACCCGCGCGCCGGGGACGAUGGCGCCACGCUUAUGGUUAAGAUCUCGCCGCGGGCGGUAGAGCGUCUCCGCGAAAUCACCGACCCAACCACCUCCCCCUCCGCCACCAGAGAAGACAACCCCUACCACCACCUCCGAAUCACCGUCACCAGCGGCGGCUGCCACGGCUUCCAGUACAUGAUGUCCCUGGAGUCCGCGAACAAGAUCGACGCAGAAGAAGACACCAUCUUCGAGGGCGAGGAAGAUGUAGCCACGACGGAUGCAGCGGGCGGGGAGGCAAAGGUUGUGAUGGAUGAGCCCUCGUUGGAGCUUUUGCAUGGUAGCACAGUCGAUUAUACGACUGAGCUGAUUGGGAGCCAGUUCAAGAUUGUGGAUAACCCGCGCGCGACGAGCAAUUGUGGUUGCGGGACGAGUUUUGAUGUUAGUGAUUGA